GGGUACAUUGCCGUUAUUAGGAAGAUGCUCACAGCCCUGUAAUUUGCUGCCGUGGAUGUAUAACACCACGACCAUUCGCGAUGCCUUUGAACUUCCAUCCACUCUCAUUCAUCAAAAUCAACACUCUUUUUCUCGGUACCUUUCCGAUAUUCUCUCUUUUUCUCUCGUUUCUCACCUCAAGCGGAAUCUUCGGCUGGUCUGAGUGAACGUUUUUUAACCCUCUUUCAAUAACACAACGAAUCAAUUCCCAACGUCAACAAUAUGCGUUUCGAAGUCGCCGCCCUUCUCGCUGCUGCUGCUAGCGCCUCAGCUCAGGCUGUGACUGGCAAGCCUUACGGCUUUGCUGCUGGUGUCACCGGUGGUGGAUCGGCCACUGCCGUAACUCCUACCACUGCUGAUGAGCUUGCCAAGUACCUUUCUGACGAUGUGGCACGCGUCAUUUUGAUCAACAAACAGUUUGAUUUCACUGGCAAAACUGCGACCGGUUCUGGCUGUGAUCGCCGCUCAUGUUCGGCAUCAAAUGGAGGUCAAUUCUACCUUGGCGAGCUCUCUUGCGCCGCUUCAGAUGACAACGUGCCUGUCAGCUCUAUUAAGUAUGACCUUGCUGGACCCACAGCUCUUAAGGUCGGCAGCAACAAGUCCAUCUUGGGUGUCGGCGGAAAGGGUAUUCUGAAGGGCAAGGGUCUUUCUCUCAUCAAGAAUGCAAAGAACGUCAUUAUCCAAGGUAUUGAGUUCACCAACAUAAACCCUGGCGUCGUAUGGGGCGGUGACGCCCUCGACUUCCAGGGUGGUAACGAUGGUGUCUGGGUCGAUCACAACAAGUUCUCCCUUGUCGGCCGCAUGUUCCUUGUUUCCCACUACGCUGGCUCCCGCCUCACUGUCUCGAACAACGAGUUCGAUGGUACAACCACCACCUCCGCCAGCUGCAAUAAUAACCACUACUGGACCAUGAUGUUCUACGGUGAUGGCGAUAAGGUCACACUUGACCGCAACUACCUCCACAAUGUUGCAGGCCGCGCCCCCAAGCUUGGCCAGGACGGCACGACUGGUACCUUCCACGCCGUUAACAACUAUUUCGAGAACAUGAAGGGCCACGCGUUCGACGCCUAUACUGGCGCUCAGGCCCUCAUCGAAGGCAACGUCUUCUCCGGUGUCUCGCAGCCCGUGACCGACAAGGGAGCCAAGAUCAGCACAUUUGUCGUAAACGGCGGUUCUGCCUGCUCUUCUGCACUCGGCCGCGUCUGUCUCGAAAAUAGCGUCGACUCUACCUCCGGCAAGCUGACCGGUGGCUCUACAACGUCGUUCAUCUCCGCGCUUAAGGGCAAUGAUGUCACACCUCUCGCAGUUAACAAGGUCGCUGCGCACGUCAAGGCUAACGCUGGUCCCGCCAACCUGGGCUCUGCCUCAUCCGGAGCAACUGAGAACAAUGUCUCUGCUCCUACCACCACAAAGGCUGCUGCUACCUCCAAGGCUGCUACCUCCAAGGCUGCUACCGCCCCCGCUACCACCACAAAGGCCGCAGCUGUCAAGACCACCCUCACGACUGUCGCGAAGCCUACUGCUACCAAGGGCGCUGCAUCUGGUGGCGCUACGGUCGCUGCUUGGGGGCAGUGCGGCGGAUCGGGCUACACUGGAUCUGUCACAUGUGCUAGUGGGACCACGUGCAAGAAGCAGAAUGACUUUUACAGCCAGUGUCUUUAAGCUUGUGGUUCUUGACGAAGCAUAGAGGCCUUUGAACUGCAAUCAGAAGAGCGGACGAACGAUUUAAUUGUAUAUAUU